GUUACAGUUUCGUCGUCAUUGCUGAAAGACGAUUGCUGCAGGAAGAAAGGCAUUAUUUUGCUUCAAAAAACACCUCAAAAUGCCACGAAGACUGCAUCCAGCUUUCCACACAAAGACCGUAGUGAAGUUAGAAUGUACUUACUGCGAAAGACUUCUGUGUAACAGAGGAAUGAAAGCUCUUUUACUCGCUGAUAAAAACGUUGAGUUGUACUCGACCGAUAUGCCUCCUGAAGGGGCAAUUCAGUUGGUUGGCUCGGAUUAUCGUACUAAAAAUUGUGAUUGUAAAAUAAAAGAUGUAGCGUGCCUUGGCUGUGGCAAUAUAGUCGGCUAUCAUGUAACUGUACCGUGUUCAUCUUGUGUAAGGAGCUGUAAUAACGGUCAUUUUUGGAUGUUUCAUUCCUGUGCGACAUAUGCUGUGGAAAGACUCGACAAAGCAGGUGAUAACCUUAUGUUAUGGGGUACUCUACCAAAUUGUUCAGAAGAUAACCAAGCUGAAGAGAGUUUUGAAUAUGAUUUUGGAGAAUGCUGUAGAUAAGCUAUUGAUACACUGCCAAAUUGUUCAGAAGAUACUAACCAAGAUGAAGAAUUUUUUUGAAUGUGAUUUUGGAGUGUUGUAGAUGAGAUAUUCCUCUUUGAUUUUAUCACAUCACUCAUUAUUUGAACCAUAAAAUGGUCAACUCCUUCAUUGCCAUACCAAGCACAAAGUAUGCACUUAAAAAACAAGUGUUGCAAGAAGCCAGAAAGUAACUUAUAAAGGCAGAUAUACCAAAUAUUUGAUUGAAAGUCUCCUCUGAUAGUUAGCUUCCUUAUUCUUCGUUUGCAAUAGAUGUCAUAGCUGCCAUGUUGGAAGAAUUUGACAAAAGAUUUUUCAAUGAAUUAUUUUGUUAUAUCUUUCAACGUGGUGGACAUCCCUUUUGUUAUUGUGCUCUCUUGGGAUUGAUUGCAAACCAAGAAUAAGUUUCUAAAGAAGCCUGACAAAACCAGCUAAUAUAGCAAACAUAUCGAAUGAUAUAUAGUUAUAAAUUUUCUUGAAUAGACUGAAGCAUAUUUAGUAAGAUAAUAAUAUCUUGUUUUAUCUUACAGAAGUAUAAUGGUACUGUCUUUUAUUAAUAAGAGUACAGAUUAUAAUAUGUAAAAUGAAAUAAAAAAGUGAAAACAAUAUUUAAAAUCAAUGAACAAUCAAUACACACUUGUUGAUGAUGCAAUCAUAAUCUGUGCUGUUAUCGAUGAUAGUGACCAAUCAGAAAGCAACAAUCUUUAAACUUAGCUAUACAAUUGAAAAAAUAUAGAUAUGGAUAUAAAGUUAAGGUUAUUGUAAAUAAUCAUUUAUUUCUUGUGCAUGUUGAUUAUUCAUCAAAGGUUUUAUAGUGGA